AAUAAAGGGACUUUUCCAAAAAAUUAACAACCAGCUCGAAAGCGUCAGGAACCUGAAGACAGAAAUAAAAAUGGAAGUAAAAGCAGCAACCAAGAGAUUGCAAGAAAUAAUAAGGGAACUAUUAACCGAAAGAAAGGAAAGCAACAAAGAAAUUCUGGGGAUAGCCGAGAAAGAAGGAGGAGAAGUAAAAGACGGAGAAAUCAAGAAAUCAGAAAGGAAGGAAGCUAAGGAAGGUGAAAUGAACAAAAGAAUAGAAAAACUAGAGACAAUUAGUAAAAGCUUUGAAAAGAUGAUUAUAGAAAGUGAAGAGAGAGUCAUGGCGAAGCUGGGGGAAAUUAGAAGUUACGCCGAGGUAGCAGCAGUAGCAAGGACUGAGUCGAGGGAAGUUAGCGGCAGCACCGCAAGCAAUGACCUAAGGGAAACUGGACUGUACUCCCUGAUUGUCGAGCCGGGUGAAGAAACCGAGACGGCCGAGGAUACAGUCCAAAAAAUUAGAUGCUCCCUUAACGCCAGGGACAAUGGUUUUAAAAUAGAAAAACUCACAAAAAUAAAGGGAGGCAAGGUGGUCAUUGGUUGCGGUACUGAGGAGGAACGAGCAAGGGUGAGGGAGAGAAUUGCGCACGUUCAGAAUGGAAUUACGGCCAAGGAGCUCAACAAUAAGCAUCCUUUGGUAAUUUUUAAAAAUGUAUUGAGGUACAACACCCUCGAAGACAUAAAGAAAGCCCUUAAAAUACAAAACAAGGCAACGACCGGAAACCUACCCGGAGAGGACUGGGUGAUGACGGAAAAGCACCGCCAAAAUGCCAGGAACACGCACGAGUGCCACGUCAUCGUGCAGGUCUCCCCGGGGAUGUGGAAGGCGCUGACCCGGGCGCAGAAGGUCCACAUCGACCUCCAGAGGGUCUGGGUGGAGGAUCGGUCUCCCCUUGUGCAGUGCGCCACGUGUCUUGGAUACGGACACACGAGGAAGCACUGCCAAGGGGGAAAACUGACCUGCUCCCAGUGCACAGGUGAGCACCUUAGGGCAGACUGCCCAAGUAUAGACAAGUUACCAGAGUGUGCAAACUGUAAAAGAGCAGGAAUGGACAGCGUAGACCACAGCGCGUUUAGUGCCGAAUGCCCAGUGCGCAGGAAGUGGGAUGCGCUAGCCAGGAGGGCGGUCGCGUAUUGCUAAAGUCCCCCCA